AUGGCCCCUAUCAGGAAGACUCCCAAACGGCCGUCGGCACUGACCCGGAUCAAGAAACUCAAAGGACUUGAUCGGCCUGUGUUCAAUAAGAAUGACGCAAAGAAGUCCAAGGCGGCCAAAUCGAAAAAGACGGAGGAAAGAUCGCUGGUUAAGGACUCCCAGACUUUGUUUAGCGAUGAGGAGACCCCAGAACCAGAACAGCCACGGAAAAGAAAAGCUAGGGCUAAAAAAUCACAGCCACUUGCACCAAUAAGUGACGACAGCGAGCAGGACUCGGAAACCGAGCAGGAGGAGCCAAAGUCUAAACAGGAACUCAAUACGUAUACACAGCUGAUCUCCAAGAAGGUGAUCCGCAACAAGUGGUCCUCGCUGCAGCCCAAUGUGAGCGCGUACAUUGAUGCUAUAUUGGAAUUGUACGUUGAGCAGAGCAUUGCGCAGAUUACGUUCCGGAGCAACAGAGAGCGACUGGCGUUCAGAACGUUGGUGAAAGAUAGCAUAGUAAAGCCGUUGUCGAGGAAAAUGCGAGUUGCGCGGCUUCCGGGCGGGCUGCGCGAACGUCUUUUGGAUCAGGAGAGACUGGAUGGAGAGAAUGUGCGACUAGAGGCGAACCUAGGUGCCAAUCUCCGACAAUUGGAGGUUCUACGAGUGGAGGAGCAGAAAGAGCUCGCGUUCCUUAAAAACGAACAGCAGUAUUAUGAAGAUUACCAGAAAGCUGUGCAGAAACAGGAAUCGCUCAUGGAGGCACAGGCAGAGACGUUUGUCGAGUCGUUUGGAGACCUCCAGAUGCCAGAAAGCAGUGGCUACGAAGAUUUGAAUCUUGCCGAUAACGAUACACAAACGUACGACCCGGCAGCCGACCCCGAUAUCCAGAGAUCGAUGUCGGUGCUCAAUAAACACCUCGACUCGAUCUCCAACAACGUCGAACAGCUCGAGCCGUUGGUCGAAAUACUCGACAGAGUCAACAGCAUUCUCCAGCUAGUUGUUGGCUAA